AUGAUAUAUCCUACUCAAUUAAGGGUUACCGGCAUUUGCCAACCUUUAGGAAGGUUGCAGAUUACCCAAAGAAGUUUCGCUCCCGUUUUCGUUCGUGGGAAGGCACUCUCAGCUAUUCACCGGGGCAUUCGUAGGGAAAUCGGAAGAACAGACCCUGACGCCGAACCCACCUCUUUUAGAGAACCUCGAUCAUCGUUCCGUAAACCAACUUCGACCCGUCGUGAAGCACCUCUUGUCCGCCGAGAUGCGUUUGCCGAUAAAUUCAGUGCGAGAGCCGUCGAUCGUGGUGCGCAAAGUGGUGGGCAAGGUGGCACACGGAACUGGCGCCAAGAACAGAAAUUGAGGAAGAAACUGAGAAAGAAGGAGGAGGAAAAGCAAGCCCAAGAAGAGAGGGAAGCGGAUGGGACCGGCCGACGAACAAGAAGGAGGCGAUUUGCGGAUCCUGAAAACGAAUUCGGGAAUCGCAGCUUGGUACAUCGAAUGAAAUAUGGCGACCUGAAGGAUGUGGCCGACGGCCUACAAAUACAAGAACCCGUGAAGCCACGGUCUUUCAGGGAAACUCGAAGGGAGCGUUCGCGUGAGUUCGGAGCACUAGGCGCACCCCCACGAAAAGAGCGACGACCUGAGCGAUCAGGAGAGCAGUCUGAUCGAUGGUCCGAUAAAUCACAGCAAAGACUUGAAGGUUCUGAUCGCAGCGCCCCAAGAGAUGAGCAACGGCCUGAGCGCUCAGGGCAGCAGUUUGAUCGCUCAGACCGUCAGUUUGACCGUUCAGAUAGGCAAUCUGGCCAAUGGUCUGAUAAACCACAACGAUUCAAUGAUUCAGAUCGUAGCGCCCCACGAAAUGAGCAACGAACCGAGCGACCAGGGCAGUUUGACCGUUCGGACAGGCGAUCUGAUCGAUGGUCUGAUAAACCACAGCAAAGGUUCCAUGAUUCAGAUCGUGGUGCUCCUCGACAAGACAAUUUCCGGAACGAUCGAUGGAAUGGCCCGCAAGAAGAUUCCAGCGAUGUGUAUGCCGUUGAGCGUGCUCAAAGGAACGGAAUGAUGGCCAUGACAAUCAAAUACACGACCGCCGCUUCGCAGUUCCUCUAUGGCCGAUCAGUAGUCAAGGCAGCCCUGGAACAGAACCGACGAAAACUAUACAACCUAUACAUCUAUGGUGGCGAAAACAGGAUAGACAACAAGGACAAUACAAUCAUGACACGAAUGGCGGAAAAGCAUGGAGUACCUAUCACAAUAGUUCCUACUUGGGAGCAGCGAAUUAUGGAUAAAAUGAGCAUGGGACGACCUCACAACGGCUUUGUUCUUGAGGCAUCCCCUCUGCCUCAAUUACCUAUCAAGUCGCUUAGCAAAUUGGAGGAGAGCCCUGGCCGCCUUGGCUUUCACGUUGACCUGGACUAUCAGACUAAGGAGGAGGCAGCAGUCAACGGCACAGACUCGUUUAUUCGACGAUCCAACGAUGUGACACCCAAGCCAUUCGUUCUCUUGCUUAACGAGAUCAUCGACCCCGGUAAUCUAGGAGGCAUUAUUCGCACCGCCAGCUAUCUUGGCGUGGACGCUGUCGCCAUCACCAACCGAGGAUCAUCUACACUCACACCAGUUGUUCUCAAGUCUGCUGUCGGUGCGGUAGAGGAAAUCUCGCUUUUCACAGUCGACGACCCGGUUAGAUUCAUUGAAGAUUCUGGCAAGGCCGGCUGGAAGACCUAUGCCGCAGUGGCGCCACCUGACCGUAAACUGGUUCGAAGACACGGUGACAAGUUCGUCUCUUUGGAUUCUAUCGAGAUCAACAGUCCCCUGAAUGAACAUCCUUGUUUACUUGUCCUUGGAAAUGAGGGUCACGGUCUAUCAAAACCCGUCAAGGUCGCUGCUGACUACGAACUGUCAGUUCCACGCUUCGUUCAGGGAAGCUGCGUGGACAGUUUGAACGUCAGUGUUGCAGCUGGACUCUUGUGCCAUGCUUUCGUUAAGGAACCUGUGGUCGAAAUCAAGUAUGAGCCAAUUGAGCAGAAGACUGAAACUGUUGAGUCCAUUCAAGUGGACAGCAUAACAGAGGUAGAGACGGGAACAAAGCCUGUUGAUCACGCCCAGUCUGAGUCUCUCCCUACUUCAGAGCAAGUUGAGAAUGUUUCUGAGCAAGUCGAGGAGAUAACAGAAGAAACAGAGGUUACUGCCAAGGAGGAAAAGAAGCCUUCCGAAGAAAAGGAGAAGAAGGUCGAAGGAACCAACGAAACGAUGUUCUAA